CGCAUCGCGAUAGCUGGUUUCUUGCACCGGAAACAGGAAGUGGUGUCUCGACUCAGCCGAGUGCAGCAGAAAAGGCAAACUAGUCGGCUGUGAAAGACAAUUUGGAAUUUUACUGUGACUGUUUUAACACUGUUGCUUAGUGUUUGUAACAUCCGCAGGGAUGAGUCUCCAGUGGACAGCGGUGGCCGCCUUCUUAUACGUGGAGGUCUUCUUGGUCCUCCUCUUGUGUAUUCCCUUCAUUUCUGCUAAGAGGUGGAACAGCGUCUUCCGGUCUCGGCUGGUCCAAACCAUUGCCUUAUAUGGAAACACUUCCUUUAUGGUGGCCAUGGCCAUCCUGGUCUUCCUGCUCAUUGACGCCUUCCGCGAGGUGAGGAAGUACAGCGUGACGGAGAAGGUGGACCUGAGCAACAAUCCAACAGCCGUCGAGCACAUUCACAUGAAGCUCUUUCGAGCUCAAAGAAAUCUUUACAUCGCGGGUUUCGCUCUCCUGCUCUGUCUGUUGCUGCGUCGUCUGGCCACGCUUCUCUCCCAGCAGGCCUUGCUGAUGGCGUCUAACGAGGCGUUCAAGAGGCAGGCGGAGGGCGCGAGCAAAGCCGCCAAAAGCUUCAUGGAGGAGAACGAAGUGCUGCAGGGCAAACUACGAGACGCCGGCGUUGAGGUACCCGAGGCGGGCAAAAAAGGAGGCGGAGUCCAGGAAGAGAACAAGACUCUAAAGGGGGAAGUGAAGUCUUUGAAGGAGGAACUGGAAGCCACCCAGAAAGCGCUGCACAAGUCGGAUGGUGACGUUCGUGCCAUGAAAAAGCAAGCUGGAAACUUAACGGUGGAAUACGACAGACUACUGGACGAACACAGCAAACUGCUGGCCAGCGGCGACAAAAAGUCAGACUGAGGUGGACGACGAAGGUCUGCAUCCUGUUGACGCCGUCCUCAUCGUCGUGGCCCUCUACGGUGUGUGUGAUGUCACUUCCUGUCGGCUCGCUUCCAUCUUUAAAGACGGUUUGUUUCCCACUGAGGAAUCUUUUCAAAGUAAGACUUCGAGCCACAAGUUGACUCUCUCAGCUCUCAUGUAGUUUAGCAUCACUUAUUAGCAUGGCGGGCUUAUGUUGUUUAUUCACGUUGUUAUGGAAACGGCAAACACAGCACGCUGUCAAUAAACAACCUAUUGCAAA